UUUUUUACCAGGUAACUUUUAAUUUUUAUUUUGAGAUACUUUACAGUUAUUAUGUGAGUAGCCUGUUUGCGUUCUAAAACUUUUGUCGCUGGUGCAUAGGAAACUUUUACCCAUCGUUUUCUUGGUUUGAGCUGGCAGAAAAAAAAAUUGUCUUAAGAAAUCUGAAAAAGACUGAGGACCUUUUAUUUUCCUUCAUGAACUAGGAGAGGAGAGAAACCCUCAUUGCAGCCUAUGAUGGUAAUGAAAAGGAGAGCUAGAAGCCCAGUCUCAGGAGAUGGAAGAAGAUAAAAGGUCCCUAUAUAUGCCUUGUUUCUUGGGUCCACGGGAAGCAUGAGUCUGUUGGGACUUGAGACGAGAAGAAAACAAGACAUCUUCACAAGAAAACCCAGACAUUAACUAAAAGUAUUGCAAAGUCUGAAGAACUAGAACACAAACAUGACCGACAGAGGACUUAGGGAUCCUGCAGAGGCCUCUCAAGAGGAUUUGAAAAACGACCCAUCAGUAAGGUCUCGGGCACAGGAGACCACAGCCACAGCAGGUACCACCGAAGAAGCUCAGAGCCCAGCCCGUGCCUCUGCUCUUAACAAAGUCCACCAAGAGGUAGAAACAGUAGGUCCAGGAAGUGCAGACACAGGUGAUCAGUCAGAAGAUCCAGAUGAAGCAAAUGAUGGGAACUGUCCAAAGGAUGAAACAAAACAUGAGAACAACCAGAGCUUUCAGGAUGAAGAACAAGGGCGUCAACUCCCAGGGCAUCAACUCCCUGAUUCAGAAAGUCGAGGUGAAAAACCCUUGGAUCCAGAACCCAACUGUUCUCCAAGUGACGAAGUGGGAAGAGAAGAUGUGCUCUUACAGAGCGACUCUGCAGCCCCCCCUGAGGAAGUGAGCAGCGGGCCUGCAGUUGCUCAGGAGCCCCCUGCCAUAGACCCUCAGGACGCCCAGAGCCCUGGUCAUUCCCAUGCAGGGCCUGAGAGCCAGGGCACAGUGAGGAAACGACUGCUGGCGCCAGCAGAGGCUGAAAGUCAUCAACAGGAAACACAAAGGUUGGAAGAAAACAAAGAGAAUGCACUGGAUACCAGGAGAAAGAUGAAUAAAAAGGGUUAUUUGCGUUAUGGCUCCAUCUUUUUUGGCUCUGUGGUCAUGACUCUUAUUUUGCUAAAUUGUAAUAGCUACUAUUCCUCUCCACCCCAGCAAGUGCCCAAAAAUCCAGCUUUGGAGGCCUUUUUGGUUCAUUUCAGCCAACUGAAGGAUAAAUUCCCAGGCCAGAGUUCCUUUUUGUGGCAGAGAGGACGUAAAUUUCUCCAGAAGCACCUCAAUGCUUCAAACCCCACUGAGCCAGCCACCAUCAUAUUUACAGCAGCUCAGGAGGGAAGAGAGACCCUGAAGUGCCUGAGCCACCUCGUCGCGGAUGCCUAUACCUCUUUCCAGAAAGUCUCUGCCAUUCAGAUUGAUGGGGCUGCAAGAACCUUGCAAGACAGCGACUUGGUCAAGCAGUUGGUUGACAUGGAGCUGAGCUCGGGAUUUGAGAGUGGCCAGAAGGCCGCUGUGGUGCACCACUUUGAGUCCCUUCCCGCAGGCUCUACCUUAAUCUUCUACAAGUAUUGUGACCAUGAGAACGCUGCCUUUAAAGAUGUGGCCCUGGUCCUGACUGUUCUCCUAGAGGAGGAAACAUUAGAAGCAAGUGUCGGCCCAAGGGAAACUGAAGAAAAAGUGAGAGAUUUCCUCUGGGCCAGGUUUACCAACUCAGCCACUCCCAGCUCCUUCAACCACAUGGACUCUGACAAACUGAGUGGGCUCUGGAGCCGGAUUUCCCACCUGGUGCUGCCCGUGCAGCCCGUGAGGGACAUAGAAGAACAGGGGUGCCUUUUAUAAGCUAAGCACAGAGUUGGUUUUUGGAGGCCUAGAUUUAUUCAAAAGUCAGUUGAAAAGCCGCCUACUUCUCUGCGAAGGAAGGUUAUGAAAAGCCUGGAAAAUACAAAUUAGCUUAUUUUAGGAAAAAUAUUCUCAUUUUUUACCUUUUGUAAAAUCUUUCUAAGCUUGACAAAACUUGACUUUUUUUUCCCUGGCCUUUCAAGCAAAUCAGGUUUGCAAUAUGCAUAGAAUAUAUAACUGAGGCUUUUUCCUUUUUUUAUCCAGAAAUAUAGCAACAGAAUCACUGCAUGGGAAGAUAAUCUUCUCAGAAUAACUAAAAUGAUUUUUGUUUUCUUGAGAGUCUAAGGAGCCUUUUGGCUAGUGUUUGGACUGAACUAGAGCAGUUACAGGUAUGAGGCAAAGAUAAUUUUUAAAAUGUUUUUCUAUUAAAUAUUUUAAAAACUGAUUUUAAUAACCUAGUCGUGGGAUUACAUCUUCUACUAAUUUGCAUUUUUAAAUAGUAUGAAAAGAUAUGAAUUCAAAUACUUAGCUGUAUGUAAGGCAGUGUACUUUUAUUCCAUUAAUGGGCUAAGGUAAAAGCAACUGUUCUUAAGAAAUACUCUUGAAAAUUGGAAACAAAGGGGGAAUUGUCUAUAACCAUUGAUAAUGAAGAAAUUCCAAUUGGCUGUAUCUUGCACUUUUUUGAAUGUUUUAGAAUAAUGAUUUCCAAGCUAUGUCUACCAGCAACCCUACUCUUUUUUUAUCAGAGAGUUUCUGCAUUCAGCUGCUUCAGGUAGUGGGAUUCUCCAUAUGAUUUAAUGGGAACAGAGAGUUCCACUGAUGAUGAAAUUUGAAAAUUGCUGAUUAAGUGAAAAAAAAAUCUUAGAAGAUAGGAAAAUGGGUAGGAAAAUGAUGAAUGUAUUAAAACCCAUGAGUUGGAAGAGGUUGAAAUAACAGAUUUAUUGUACAGACAUGCUGUUUGUGAAGGAUAAAGACCUAUAGAUGAACAGCAGAAUGUAUAAAUUAGUAUUCUCUAAGCAUAUUUUUUUUUCUUUUUUUUUUUUGUGAGAAUGUGCACAGGUGUGUGUGUGCAGGAGAGUGAG